UGAAAACUGUAGAGCUUCCGUAUCCCGGAAGCGGAACUGUUGACCGUGUAUAUUUUGCUUGUGAGAGAGAAUUGGGAAUUGUCGUUGAGAAAUUGUAGGUUACCGUUUUGUUUUAUGUUUUCGAAAGUGGCACUUGGGGACGAAGGAUACUAUUAAAGAAUCCACACAACGGACCGAGGGACCCCAGAAGCUGCCAAUCACCAUGAAUCUGGAACGUGUUCCCAAUGAGGAGAAACUCAACCUCUGUAGGAAAUAUUAUCUGGGUGGUUUUGCCUUUCUUCCUUUCCUUUGGCUGGUAAACGUGGUGUGGUUUUUCAGAGAAGCAUUUAUGAAACCAACGUACACCGAACAGCUCCAGAUCAAAACAUAUGUGAAGCGCUCUGCUCUGGGGCUGUUGCUGUGGGUCGCAGUGCUCACGACGUGGAUAACCAUAUUCCAGCACUUCCGCGCGCAGUGGGGAGAAGUGGCAGAUUACCUGUCCUUCACCAUUCCUCUGGGGAUCCCCUAAACAGGAGACCUAACGAGGAGAGGACGCAGCAUCCUACAUCCUCACUCCGUUUGCUUUACCUGCUUUUUGUCUUGUCUUCACACACACACACACACACUCACACACACACACACACACUCACACACACACACACACACACACACGCACACUUGUAAGCACUAAGAUACACCUCCUGGACUCUUCGUUUGAAACCCAACACUUUCAGAAAUGUGUUACUGUUUGUCUUUGUUUGACCACGUUAGAUUUAUAUCGAUUACAAUCUUGCAUUCCAGUAAACGAACAAGUACUACAUGCACCUUGCAACUCUGUUUAUUCUAUGACCAUAAGAUCACAGAAUAAGAUUGUUUAAAGCAAAGUGAGUUUAAAUGAGAACCAUUUUAAGGUUAUGACUUUUUUUGGGCAGAUUUAACAUUGCCCCACACUAUUCAGGAUUUGAUUUGUAACAAUUACUUUUCCUCCCAUUGCUUUUAUGUUUGAAACAAAAAUUUAACACCAACUGCUGAAUACAUUUUAAUGUGAAUGUAUGAGGAAUUUGUUUUUUUUCAGUGAGUAAAAUAAAAAUGGAAAUGAAAAACCCCA